CCCAAUAUCGGAUCCUCGAUCGGGAGAUCGGUUCAAUCGGAGAUCGAAAACGAUCUCCCGAUCGAUCUCCAAUCUGCGUCCCAAUAACAACGGAUAGCAACAAUCGAUCGAUUUUCAAAAUGGAUCGCCGAUCGAUCUAUUUUGUGAAGUUCCCUCCCGUGCGUUCCAUUUCAAGCAGAUAUAAUUAUGACUAUGUUGUAAACCUAUUAAUGGAUUUAAGAAAAUAUGCAUACUUUAGGGUUUUGACGUACUAAUGAAUUAUUUAUUUGUUACGUAUUAUAUGAAUAAAACACGUGUUUUAACAUUUUCCAAGCAAAUUAUCAUAAACCUACUCAAGUUUUGGUAGCGGAGCGUAAUCAUAAUCUGAGAAACGAAUCGUCUCUCAGUGUCAUUUGACAUCAGAUUCAGUCAGUUUAAAAUUGAAGAUUUUGUUCGUGGUUUGUUGCUACAAGUAAAUAAUUAUCAAAAUAUUGAAUUAUUAACUUAGUGAAGUGAAGUGAAAUACCAUGGAAAGUGUAAGUGCAAUGGUAUCAAGCAAGCCUCUCACAAAGGACGAGUCAAAAAUACUGCUUUCGUUUAUUGAAAGUAGUAAAAUUAUUUAUAAUAAACGAACAAAUGCGACUAAUAACAAACUAAAAAAUGAGGAGUGGAAACGCAUAAGCGACCAUUUCAAUGCUGUGGUGACCACAUCCUACCGGACACCACAGCAGUUGCGUUUAAAAUGGGAAAAUCUCAAAAAGAAUUCCCGUAAACGCAAUACACAAAUACGUAUGAAUAACAUAAAGACUGGUGGUGGUGGUCCUUCCUACAUCCCCCCUGAUGAUGUGUUGGACAGGGUGGCUGCAUUAUUAGGAAGUACUGUAGAUGGGUUCACAGUAGCAUAUGGUGGUGAUGCUGAACUAAUACCAUGUGCCGGCAGUAGUAAUGGUGGUGGUGAUGAACAUGGUUUGGAGGGUGUUAUAGAUAAUGUAAUUGAUAAUGGUGCUGAGGUGUUGGAGUGUAACAGUGGUGUUGAGGUGUUGAAAGAGUGUGUGGUCGAAGACACAGGGCCUUGUUCAGUCACACCACCUAACCCCAAAUUUUUACACACUCCCAAAGCCAGCGGUAAAUUAUUUUGUUAAGUUAUUUAUAUUUUCACUUUGCAUAAUAUUAUUGUUGCCAAAGUGGGGUAGUUUAUUAAGUACAAAAGUUAUUACUUAAAAUAAGAAUUUCUCUUUCUUUACAAUUACAAGUUGUAAAUUUUCUACUUUUCAUAAAAUUGAAUAAAUUUCCAGAAGCUGGUGGCCUAGUUUAUUUGCUAGCAAUUAUAGGUAGAAGAAAGAUUUUAGAGUUUAUUGUGGACUGAUAGACAGAAAAUGCAUGCGGAGAGUUUAUUCUGAAGGUUAAGUCUCAGCGAUAAUUACUAAUUUUAUUUACUUUAAUUCUUACAGGUUUCAAAAGAAAAUCAAAAUUUGAUGAGCACCGGGCAUCCAGAAAC